AUGCGUUUCUCCAUGAUUGCUUCCAUUCCCCUCCUCGUCCUCUCCACCCUUACCUCGGCCGCUCCAGCUGCAAUUCCAGCAGCAGCCAUCGAUGCCCGCGCCGCCUCUACCCAGAUCUACUACCUCGUUAACUGCUUCAACAACAUUACCUUCGCAGCCUACGCUGAGAUCGACUACUACCCAACCAAGUCUUUGUCUCUCGCUGGCCAGACCCCAAGCAAGACAGCCGUCCUCAGCACUUCUGACUCCAUUGACUACGAAGAUGGAACUUGGAAAGCCACUACUCCAUUCAAGGCAACUGUUGUCAUUGGCGAGGAUGCUUACAUCGCCAAGUCAGGUGCUACUGUUGGUAGCGCUACUGUCAGCACCUCUACCACCGCCUUGACCUGUGUCCGUCUUACAAGAUUUGUCUUGUAUGAGCCAAAGGUUGAUGAGCAAUGCUACACCGACUAUGCUUGCCAGGCAUAG